UACGGCAGUGCUCGCCUCGCCGUUGGCCACCGCCGCCGGCUUCUUCUGCUUCUUGUUGCGCUCCUUCCGCGUCCUCUUGUCCUUGCGUUCUUGCUUUGCAGCGGCGCCGCUUACCCCGCUGCUCUCCGGCUCGCCGCUUGCCGCGGCCUGCUGCUUGUCCCUUGCCUUCCCGUCGUCAAGUCUCUGCCUGGCCGCCGCUGUCGCCGGGGUCGUUGUUGGACAGGAGAGCCCACAUGUUGGCGCUGGGCUUGAUGCCGCCGCCUCCCGCCAUCUCGCCGCCGGUCGUCGAUCCGUACUCUGUAUAAAAUCUGCGUGAGGAGGUUGUUGGAAAUUGGAACCGAAUACGGCCGGCCGGGCAACGAUGAGCAUACGUAACACAGACACGACGGUUUUGGUUUACUGGAACUGGAACCCGACUCGGGGGAGGGCGUAACGUGAGGCGAUCGAUAAGGCAAGCGAACCGGCGGCCCCUCCAAUCCGAGCCGGACGCCAUAUAAAACGCGCCGCCCCUCCACCAUCGACGAACCAAACCAGCCCACCGAUCGAUCUCUGAUCAGCGCCGCCUUCUCCGCAGAAGCAUCGCCGCGGGGAACCAACCCAGCCCACCGAUCGAUCUCCGAUCAGCGCCGCCUAGCUUCUCAGCAGAAGCAUGGCCGCACCGAGGGUUUAGCCGGUAGGGCGGCGAGGGUUUAGCGAUGGCCACCUACAACUUCGGUCUGCUGGAGCUCGCGGACGGUGAGUCCGGGGAGGCCGCGGUCUCCGUCGUCAUCGGCAAGAAGAAGUCCGAGGCCGCCGCCACCAAGCUCGCUGACGUCGCCGAUCCCGCCGAGCCGGCCGCCUACGACAAGCCCAAGUACUCCUACUUCACCAAGCUACAACACGACAAUGGUGUAAGAAAGUGUCAGCAAGAGCUGAAAAGGUUGCGAGAGGUUCUAAUAAAACUAAGGGAGGAGGAAAUAAAACUAAAGGAAAAAGAAGGGAACGAAGGUCAUAUCAAGGAGUUGUUCGAGGAGCAAAGGAGAUUGAGGCAGGAGCAGAGAAAACUGAGGAUGGAUGAAGCUAUAUUGGUGCCUCAAAGAAAAGCUUUCUACGAGGAGCAUUGCAUUCCUUUGGAGGAGGAUGAGAGGAUGAAAUCCGGCAGUUCUGAUUUUGCCAAUGCAGAUUCUGGUAGCAAUUAUGAUGAGAUUAGUGGCAAUGCAUACAACAAUAAUAAUGUCAGUAACUGUGGGAGCAACGAUCAAGUGUGUGAUAGCGGUGAGCACUACUCAUAUGGAUAUGACGAGAGGCAGGUUGAGAGAGGUCAUGACAACUACAACAACGGUGAGAGGCAAGGGAACCGUCAGGGCCAGCCCAGGAUGAAGAAGGUGUACAUGCGUAAGGUGAAGACGUCAUCUGAUGCUGGAACAGAGGCUGAGGAAAAAGCUGAAGAGAAUGUGGUGUCUGCUAAAGCGACAGAACAGAAGGAGGCUAAUGCUGAUAAUGCUUCUGAAUCAAACAAAUCUGCUGGGGGUGCUGCUCAGGAUGGUUCUAACAACCAACAAGGUGCCGCCGCUGGAGAAAGAAAACUUAUUCGAAAGGAGAGGCUUAACGGCUCUAAGAAGAGGAAGAAGAAAAAUGCUAAGAAAAUCAUGGGCAAUGAGUCAGAAAAGGUGAAGAAGCAAGAUUCUGAGGUAGAUGGUUCAAAGAAACAGGCUGACAAGCAACCAUUAGAAGAAGAGAAAAAGACCCUUGCUGAGUAUGAGAGGAUGCGCGAGGAGAAAAAGAAGUCCUCGGAGGUCCCAAAAACUGAGGUGAGGAAGAUUACUGCUGAAGAAUUUAAGGAUCUGCAGAUGUUGGAGAAAAAGAAGCUAGAUGAUGAGAAAACUGUCAUGAAGGCAGAAAAGGCUCAGCCCAUAGUUAAGGAGGCUAGCAAGAAGAAAGGAACAGUUGAGGCAGAGGGAAAGGAGGCUACUACAAAGGAUGCCAAACCUAAGAAGGUUGCCGUCCCCCACCAAAAUCUUGGGUUCAGGCCGCCAAAACGUGUAUCCUAUGAUCAGAAAGCUGCCGUCCAAAAUGGCGAUGGUGCGUCAACAUAUGCCUACAAUGGCGGAAGCAACGGCGCUCCAAGGGACGACUAUUCUGGUCCUGGACGUCGCGACGGGUACAACAGGGGCAACGACGGACACGGCUACGACGGGUACCAAGGCAAUGGUAGGUACCGUCAACAACAUCAGCAGGGCGGGCAGCAGCAGAGACGUCCAGCCGAUGAAAGGUACUACGGGGAGCACCGCAAUUCUGCGCCGCUUCUGGACGUCGAGAACAUGUCCAAAUUCCCCGCGGUACCUGUAGCCUCCUCGGCUCAAUCUGCGGCGCUGGCCUCUGCAUCCGCACCAGCCCUAGCUGAGGCCUCUGCUCCGACUUCGACGUAACUCUUCUGAUUAGUUUUUUUAAAAAAAGAUUAGGUUAGAGAUGGAGAGAUGAACACGAGGAAAGCCUCGUGAAAUUUGUAACGGAUGCUUUUCUAUUUCAUUGAGUUGUUUCGGUAAAUUUUAUUUCUGUUGAUUUAAAUUUAAUCGAUUUGAUAUGUCUUUCUAAA